UCGUCUAUCUAUAAUGAACCGUUUCUCAAGAGCAGAAUUAAAUUCAACCUUACGUCCUGUCUUACUAGUUAAUGAGACUAUUUUAGCGAUACAAGACAAUGUUGGACUUUACGAUGGUAACGAAAAGGCAAUUGAUUAUAUGAAAGGCACGGUGUACUUAACUUCUCACAGAAUUAUUUACGUGGAUUCUCAAAAUCCGUCCACUAAUUCAAUCACUGUUGAAAUAAAGCUUAUCAAAGGAAGGGAAUUUUAU